AUGGGGGAGGGGCCCAAAGCGGACAAUAUCGUGCUACGGCGGAGCCGAUCCGAGUGUAUUGGAGCCCCAAUGGAUACUGAGUCCGCCUCUGUUAUCACUGAGUACCUUUUCGGAGGAACUCUCCUCAUUUGGGUGAAGAUAGCAGACUUUGGAGUUGCUCGUCUGGAGGCUUCAAAUUUAGCAGAGAUGACAGGCUACACGGGAACCCCCGGAUACAUGGCCCCUGAGGUCUUGGAAAGUAAACCCUACAACAGAAAAUGUGACGUUUAUAGCUUCGGGAUUUGCUUGUGGGAGAUGUAUUGCUGCGAUAUGCCCUACCCUAACAUCACAUUCUCCGAAUUGACUUCGGCUGUUGUUUAUAAAAAUUUGAGGCCAGAGAUACCCAAGCAAUGCCCAAGCUCUCUAGCCAAAGUGAUGAAACAGUGCUGGGAUGGAGAACCCAAGAGAAUGCCAGAAAUCACUACUACAUUUUACAAUUUGCGUGACGAAUAG